GAUGGAUGUGAUGGAUACGUCCAUCUCUCUGUGUCUCUCAUUUUGCAUCGGAGCUCCUUGGACACACCACCGGGCGCAGAGAAUUGCACAGGGAAGAGAAGAGAUCCGACAUACUCACAAAGCCAGACAGACAGACAGACAGACCGACCGACCGACAGACCGACAGACAAAGAGAGAAAACGCAGGCACACAAACGUGGCUGGCGAGACGAGACAAGACAAGACAAGACAGAAAACUCAGGGCCAUGAGUCAGAGCGAAAGAACCACAAUAAUGCACACAACACGGCGCAGAGACAGACACCACCGCACCCCCGACCGCCCGACCAAGCCACCCACCUUCCACCACUAUGUGUGUGUCAGUCAGUCAGUCAUUCUACCUGCGGCGGCAUUGGCCGCACCACACACACAUAUGGCCCAUCAUCCUUGUGUGCCGACGCCACGCUACUUGUUCAACUGCCUCAGGACCAUCUGCGCACACACACACAUACAAAGACAUGCAGCCAGACCAGCAAACGCGUCUCUGUGUGGUGUGGUGGCUACGUCGAUGAGCCCGUCCAUGAAGAAGGCCGCGUUGUCGGCGCCCAUAUUGGCGCUGCACUGGCCGCCCUCACCCUCACCGCACACGCCCUUGCCGGCGCAGAAGGCCGUCGCCAGACUGGUGGGGUUCCAAAACAUCAACAUGCCAAGCGUCACGGCAGCUGACCAAACCAAGACAGACACGCACACACACACACACACACACACAAGAGAGAGAGAUGAAAGCAGGGAGGAAGACAGAGGUUUCUCUGUGCGUGCAGGCCACACCUCUUCCUUGGAACACCGGCAGACACGGGGCCUUGGUGCUUGCGCCGCUCCUGCACGAGUGAACGAGCUCCUGCGCGGCAUGCUCUAUCACACCCUCAGUGCGCCUCUUGAUGCACUCCUGCACACCACCACACACAGCACAGCCAAUGGCCCCACCACUCUCUCUCGUGUUGCGCGUGUUGCGCCCACCUUGCACUGAGACGAGCAGUCUUGGUUCGGGCCGUCCCCGGCACCUUUCUUGGGCGGCCCCUGCUUCCCCUUCGGGCCACCUUUAGGCCCAACAGGGGAGGGCGCUUUGCCCUCCCCUCCACCCAUUUGGCCCUUCCCUUUGCCCUUGCCGCCCUUUGGCGCGGUCACAGGAGGCUGCUUUUUCGGCUGCUGCUGCUGGUCUUUCGGCUGACGAGGGCCGUCCGCUGGGGGUGGCGGUCCUCCGAGCCCAGGUGAUGGCGCAGCGCCCUUGCCUUUGCCCUUUUUGGGUUGGGUUGGUUUCUUGCCUUCCGCCCCUUGCUUUGGCUUCGGUUUUGCCGCAGCAACGUAGUCACUGGGUGGUUGCUCGUCUUCGGCGGCUGCUCCUGGAGGAGCAGUCGUCACCUCAGCAGCAGCAGCGGCAGCAGCAGAGGUGGCGAUUUCGUUCGACUCGUUGGCAUGGUCGUCUGCAGGUUGUCUUGACUGCUGUUGUUCCUGCUGCUGCUGGGGCUCAGUCGAGCGGAGUAACGAUGAGAAAGUGCUGAGUUGGGGGAUGCCGCCAAUGACGUCAAGAACGCUGGCCGUUUUCUGCUGCUGCUGGGCCUCGCACAGGAGCGCUGCAGACACACAACGGUGCGUGGGAGCGGUGUGUGUGUCGUUGCCUUCGUUUGUUCCUGAUACGUACCUGACAGAGCGAGCAGCAGGCCGGCGAUGAGGGUAUACACACGCAUUGUGCAACAAAAGGUGCAGAAAUAGUGAUACACCCGGGCCGUUGACAGGAUGCGCCCCUGGCCGCAAGGCUGCUGCUCGCGUCUUCCCAGGUGUGCGCAAGAAGAAACGCGACGGUGAACGCUUUGGCGCACCUGUGCAUGGUUCUCUGCUUUUGAAGUAAUAAUACGCUAAUAGCUCUCUCCCGAUUUCAUUUUGUGAUCGUUUACACGGAAGCAUGGGCGACCAGCACGUCUGAUCUAGAGUCGGUAUGGAUUUGCUCACGCAAAGACACAAACAAUCGCAGAAACACAUGCGCACCAUACGGCAUGGAUGAUAGCAGCACCCUGAUAUAAACCGAACAGCCCAUCAAACGCAAUCACACAAGCGACUAUCACAUGCCCUACCAAACCAUCCUGCAACCCAAGCCCGAC